AUGGAAAAGCUAAUACACAACCAGAUCUAUGAAUAUUUGAUUAAGGAAAAUCUACUAGCAAAUUCCCAACACGGCUUUUGGCCGAACCAUUCAACUCUAACUGCGUUGCUCGAUAUCACAAAUAGAUGGUAUCAGAAUAUGGACAUUGGCCAACUUAAUGGUGUGAUAUUUCUUGAUUUAAAAAAAGCAUUCGAUACUGUUAAUCACGACAUCCUUCUUAGUAAGUUGGCAAUCUAUGGCAUAAGGGGGUCGGCAUUACGCUGGCUCAACUCCUAUUUAACAGGUCGAAUACAAUAUUGCCAAGUGAAUGCCCAUUUAUCUGAUCCUCUAUGUGUGACAACGGGUAUACCACAAGGUUCGGCUCUUGGUCCACUCUUGUUCCUAAUUUACAUAAAUGACCUACCUAAUUGUCUGGAACACACUAAAGUCAAUAUGUUUGCCGACGAUACCCAAAUUGAAACGGCAGGUUAUGAUGUUAAUACAAUUGCUGAGGAACUUAAUCAAGAUCUAGAAAACGUUUCAGUUUGGUUGUCGGCAAAUAAACUAACUUUAAACAAAACGAAGACAGAAUACAUGAUAAUAG